AAGUAACAGGAAUGGCGGAAAAUUUGAGAAAUGAGGGAAAAAAGAGUUGUGUAGUUUAAUUUCAAGCCGAUGACAUGUAAUCAAGCCAUGAUUUCCCCCAAUGUUGUUUGAUUAAUGUCACAUCCAAUGUGACUAAAUCAUCCUCCUGAUUUUUCGUUGCCUCGAGGUCUGACAUGUCUGAUGACAGUGAUGAUGAACUAAUAGUGUUACCUCCUUCACCUGGAGCUUCCCAGCCGUCCUCGUCAACUGCUCAAGCUUUCCUCACUGAACCAUCCUCACAGAGGACGUCCUCCAACUUAACCUUUGGCCGAUCACUUCAUAACUUCUUCCGACACAGAGAAGGAUCUUCAGGGUCAAGAAGUGAACCCCCACUGCCAUCCUUGAUCAUUCCAGAAGCAAAUAUUCUGGUGCCACAUGCGAGUGGAAAUAAUGAAAAUGUUGCAAUAAUACAGCCAUUAAUAGAUCAGGAUGUUGUAGACAUUGAUGACAGUUCCCGUGGCAGUGAUGUGGUGGAUGUGGAGUCCGGAAGUGAUGAAAAUUCUGAUGUUGUAGAAAUAGAGGGGGAAACUGCAUCAGAAAAUGAACCUGGUAGUCCUGCCGAUCAAGAGGACAACACACAACAGGCUGGUCCCUCCUCUGGUGCAGCAACCCCAGGUCUUGCACCCCAUGACCCCCAAAAUGUCGCCUCCAACACCCCCAUCCCUGGAACUUCUGCUGUAAGAACUUUGUCAACCAGCCAUGACUCUCCAGCCGAUUUCCGGUCACCCAAACGACGGAGAGUGGAAUCGUCUGAAACGGAGACCACAAGUGGAGUGGGUCUUGCCACUUGUACUGAUGAUGAUGAUGACGACGGAAAUACUUGCCCGAUUUGUUUUGAGGAGUGGACAACAUCUGGUUCCCACAGACUAGCUUCCCUACGUUGUGGGCACUUGUUUGGACAAAGUUGUAUAGACAAAUGGCUGAGGGGUCAGGGAGGGAAGUGUCCCCAGUGUAAUGCCAAGGCCAAGAGACAGGACAUCAGACUAUUGUAUGCCAAGACUAUCAAGGCAAUGGAUACAUCAGAGCGUGACCGUGCCCUGCAGGACCUAGAAAAGGAAAAGGAAGCGCGGCGGCGGUGCGAGAUGGAGGCUGCUCAGACACGAUUACAGUUUCAGCUGUCUGUAGAGGAGUGUAACAGACUGAAGGCCGAGCUAGAGAGAGUCAAACAGACAGUGCAGUCUCUCAGGUCUCAGUCAUCUAGUAGCAGCUUGCCCCUGACCCAGAUCAGUCCUACAAAGCAGAUCCAGGCCAGACUUAAUGGUCAAUUUAUACUGGAGAAAACCAUCAAGAUUUGGGAGGCAGGAAACUGUCGUGUGAUGGACUAUAGCUCAUCUCUAGCAACACUGGUUGUGUCCCAGCCCUCCGCCAGUCCAUUAUUCCCAGGGUUUGGCAUAAAAAAGGUCAGUAUGAUGGAUUUUAAGACGUGCCAGUAUUUGACGCUCCACACCAAAGCCAUCCGUGACGUUUGUUUUCAUCCUUUGGUGGAUGAUGGCAUGCUGCUAAGUGCUUCCAUGGACAAAACUGUCAAAAUGACAAGCGUCAUUAGUAAUGCUGUUGUACAAUCGUACGAGACGCCACAGCCGGUGUGGAGCUGUGUGUGGAACACGGAUGACCGGAACUACUUCUUCUCCGGUCAGAGUAACGGCACUGUCCUGGAGUUUGAUAUCAGGAACACUGCACAACAUCUCCGGGAACUGAACACAGAAGGUCACAGGUCACCAGUCGUGUCCCUGGAGUACAUCCCUAGGGAUCCACAGGCAAUCUUCAGACCGGGGGGUAUUCUAGUGGGUCAGUUGGCCCAGGUCAGUUUCUAUGAGCACAGAGCAGAUGAUCAGUACAGAUUACAUAUGCUGCCCUUGGACGGGACUUUAUCAAGUCUGUGUUUUGAGCCCACCACCAGAAACCUGCUAGCAAGUUUCAAACCAAAUUCUAAGUACCCAACAACUCGACAUCAGAUGUGUGAGAUGUCAUCAGCCACUCUCAACAUGGAGGCAGACCUUGUAUGUACCUGUAAUGUGAUCCAAACUUUCCAUGGAGGACGCACCCAGGCUAUGUUGUCUAACUCACUCCUCCUUCCCCAUCCUGGGGACAACAGCAGACUUCUUGUAUGUGCCGGGGAGGAGGCCUCUUCUGCUAUGCAUGUAUGGGAUUGUGGAACCAGCCAGAUGAGCCAGAGAAUUCACACAGGUGGCGUGGUGGUUGAUAUUUGUGCAGUUCGCAGCAACCAAAAUGACUAUGUCGCUGCUCUCACAGAAAAACAGGUCAAGAUACAUAGGUGGUCAUGAGCAGAAAAUCAGUUAUUUAUGGAAUUAUACAGCUUUCGUGUAUUGUGGAGUAGGCAUGGUGAGGAAAUCCUGUACUAUCAGCAUCACCAUGUUACUAACCUGAUACACUGAAGGAAUGGUGAGGAUCCCGGACAAGCAUGAGAAAUAAUCUCAUAGACUAGAGUACUGGGCAUGCGAGUGCUAUAUGUUUGGUUACCUACCCUCAGUGCUCAGACGUCUCCAAUUGUGAUAAAUUGUGGCUUGAUAUUGUGACAUUAUUUCUUAUAGACAUAGAAGUAAACAUUCCUAAACACAUAUAUGUAUGCUCACUUUGAACUUAAAUGUGAGCCGAGAAUAUGUUACUAUACCAGGUUAUUAGAAAGUUUAUCAUCAUGCAGAAUACACCUGAUAGGAAACGUAACAGCCAAAUUUUAUCAGUAACUGUAAUCUUGGUUAAACUGACUUUGAACACAGUGAAUGUACUCAUGUCUAUUUUUGCAUAUCACCUACUUAACAUCACCCUCUAUGAUGUCACAAUGAAGCCAACAGCCAUGACAUCAUACACUUAAUAAUGGCAUUGUGAUGUCACGUUGAAUACAUUAGACAUGGAGACAACAUGACAAUGCUGAUUACACAACAAUGGUCGGAGAAAACAGCUUUUUCACAGACGUUUGCAAAAUUCUUGCUUUUGUGAUAUAAAAGGAUCUUGAACUUAUUUCUGUUUCAAUUGAUUUCUGAAACUUCGUCUCUAAUUUUUCUUCCAAGCUCUUCAGAGCCUCACAAAAACGAAAACUUAUAGACGUAAUACAUAAAGAUUAAGAUUAUAUGAAGUGGAAGCUCAUUUCUCAUACUAUAUGAUAGCAACUACCUCUAGCUAUUACAUGUAUUACCAUCUUGUGUUCAUACUUAAUACCAAUAUCAUCACUUGACUGUGUUCCAUGUUUAUGCUUUCACGUGGUGGAUGUAAUUCAAAGGAUACAUUUAUGUACCUGUAUAAGCAAGCAUAAAAGAGAUGAACUACCGGUAGUACAAAUGUAUGUGUGUAAUUCAAACUGCCGUACAAAGUCCCUCCUCUACUGAGUAUUUCAUUGGCCCUAUUUGAUCUUUUAGUCAGAAUGGUAAGUUGACCGGUAUUAUGCAUUGCCUUUAAACGUUAAAUUGUUUCCUUGUAAUUUUUAACUUUAUGAUAUGAAUUAUUCAAGAUACAUGCCCAGGAAAGCUGCCCGUAUCUUGUGUAUUAAGUCAUAACAGAGGAAAACUUGUCUCGGCAGUGCACACCUUAAAAAUUACUCUACAAUAUCCUGCAAGACACAGAAGCCUGUGAUAAGUAUGUAUGAUUGUAUUCAUGAACUUGUACAGUGUAUAUCAGAUAUGUGUUGUAAACGGUAUAUCAGGUAUGAUCAGGUAUGUGUUGUAAAGGGUAUAUCAGGUAUGUGUUGUAAAGGGUAUAUCAGCUGGCAUGUGUUGUAUAGUGUAUAUCAGGUAUGUGUUGUACAGUGUAUAUCAGGUAGUUGUUGUACAGUGUAUAUCAGGUAUGUGUUGUAAAGGGUAUAUCAGCUGGUAUGUGUUGUACAGUGUAUAUCAGGUAUGUGUUGUACAGUGUAUAUCAGGUAUGUUGUGUAAAAGAAUAUGUACAAUAUACAGCGUAGCCAAAACGACUUCGAUUUUUGUGGACAACUUGUACACAUUUUACACCUUUGUGUGCAUACGCUUCACUGGUCAUUUGUCUGAUGAAGGUGACAGUGUACAUAUCAUAAUAGCUAUAGUCAUCGA